UUCAGUUUUUAUGAGGCGAAAAAUUAUAAAUGUGUUGAAUUUCUUUCUUUAUUUCUUAUUAAUUAAUUUUCAUGAUUUCUUGAAGGGCAUUCAGAUGGGUCCGGUGAGGAUGACCUGUCAACUAUCGGCAGUGGCAGCGGACGGGCCGGGCUCCGGCAAUUCUUGGACGAAAGAGGCCCAAAUUCAGUUGGGCCUCUGCCACAUGAACCUGAGAACUAUGCAUCCACCAACAAUACUACAUUGUGGAGCAAUUCUUCGAGUAGCAGAGAGGGUUGGCUACAAAGCAAUGCUGGUGAAUCACAUAGCCUCAUUGGCUCAUUGUCCUUUCCCUAACAAUAUUGUGAGUCCAAAACAUCUCAUGAGGAUAAUGGCCGGCAAAAUGCUGCUUAACGUCAAGUGUGAAAACACUCGGAUUUUGGGCUGCGCAUGACUAGCUAAUAUGGUUAACUAUUUCCAUUUCGGAAUAAUGGUUUUUGUUUCUUCAUCUUGUUCUUGAAGAUCCUGAUUUUGUGAAGGCAUGAUUAUAUAUGUAAUGAGUAAAGAGGUAUUGUUGAUCAAUCAAGAAGACGAAGCUGCUCUAGCUCAAUGGAUAUAUAUAUAUAUAUAGUACAUAUAUAUAUCUUGUUUUUUUUCGCUUCCACUUAAAAUUUUUCCUUUCAUUUUCUUCUUUAUUUUUGUUUUUGGUUUGUAAAUCUUUGUUUUUGAGCUAGAAAACCUCUAUUUUCUUGUAUGUUCUUGUUACUUGUUAGGAAUUUGGGAGAUUGGGAAUAUGCAUCUUUUUGCCCUACUUUCGGGGUUUCAUCACUUUGGUUUUGGCUAUGACUCAGAUAUAUAUAUGCUAUGUAACACAUUUCAAGCCCCAUGUAAUUUAAAUAUGG